UAAUAAUAUCACAUAGGCUGCUGAAGACAUCAUUAAAUUACUUGCUUUUUUUUGUCUGACAAUAGCGUAUUGUUAAAUUACAUAUUUGGGCCUACAUUAAUUAAUAGAAUAAAAGUAUAGUUAAAAUAUUAUUAAUUUAAUUUUAUGUUUUUUAAUUAUAUAUUUUUUUAUUCAACCAUCCCUAUGGAAUGACAGUUUCAACUGACGCAUAAUAGACUUUAAUAUUUAUCUAUGUAUCAAUUUCAAAAAUUUAUCUAUACUAUUAAGGAAAUAAAGAAUUUUUUUAGUACUUCAUCUAUGUUACUAAAAUUGUUAAUUGAUGAUAAAAUAAAGUGAUAAUUAUUUUAUACAAGCAAUAAAUAAAUAAAAUAAAAAUAUAUUAAAAACAUUAUCAACAUAGCUUUGUUAUUUUUUUUAAAUUUUUAAUUGUUAUUAUUUCAUGAGCCUAAAAAAAUUAAAUUAAAACAUAUUAUAUAUAUUAUCAAUUUAAUUUUGUUACUUUAAAUCAUGUUUUCUUUAUUUACCUAUCAAUGUAGCCGUGAAUAUUGAAAAGUAUAGUCUCAGUUACAUAUGGUUUUAAGUAUAAAUCCCGUCAUAUCUUGAAUUUAUCUAAUAUUGGUCCCGAGGUUUGAAUUCCCAAUGACUACUCGUGGAGAGUCAAAAGGCAUGGUAAUAUUAAUUUUAUAAUAAAAUAAAUCAAUAACUUAUUUUAUGAAGCAAUAAUAUGGCUGCAAAGUAAUUUUGUUAGUUUGUUUUAAAAAUCAAAUUGCCAAAAAAAUAUUUCCUACGAUCUAACUCAACUUCUCGAGCCAUUGGUCGUUAGAAUAGAUGGUUCCAUUGGAAGAAAGAGACCAUCAAAGAGAGCCACAGCACAAUGGAAGGGAGGUUACAAUAAACCUGUUUGAAACGACGUCGUUUUACAGUAGAACGACGACGUUUGAUUCUCAGGCUUCCUUCCAAAACAAUGAUAUUGGCCUUGAGGCCUUGCCAACCUUUCUUCUCCCUCUCUCUCUCGCUUUUGCUUUCUCAAUAAGCCUCUCUCUCUCCUCACUCUCACCGCCGGCCAUCGCGCUGGAAUUUGACGGGAUCUCGCUGGAAAAUCGGCUUUUGUCUUCGUUCGGAUUGAUACUUUCGAUCGAACCGUCGGUUCUGUUGUUGGAUCGACCGAUCUGCGUAUCUAUCCAUACAUAUUUAUAUACUUGUAUAAUCGACGAUGGAGGAUUAUGCAAACAGCGACGAAGAAUACUACUAUUCGGAUCGAGACUCGUUCGACGGGCUCGUAAAUGAGGAAUCUGAUUUUCAGUGGGUCCCCCCCAAGGCUCCUUCCAGUCAGGUAAUCACGAAAGAAUCCCUUCUGACUGCACAGAGGGAUGAUUUGCGGAGAGUAAUGGACUUGUUAUCAUUAAGAGAACAUCAUGCAAGGACGUUGCUCAUCCAUCACCGGUGGGAUGUGGAGAAGUUAUUUGCAGUGAUGGUAGAGAAGGGGAAACCAUGCUUAUUUGCUGAAGCAGGUGUUCCUUUAAUGGAGCAUCAGAUUGUCCCCUUACCAUUGUCUUCGUCGACAUUAAUGUGUGAUAUUUGCAUGGAAGCUGUAUGUAGUAAGGACUCCACAAAAAUGGACUGUGGCCACUGCUUUUGCAAUAACUGUUGGACAGAGCAUUUUGUUGUGAGGAUAAAUGAGGGUCAAAGCAGACGCAUUAGGUGCAUGGCAUACAAAUGCAAUGCUAUUUGUGAUGAAGCUAUUGUCAGAAAUCUAGUUGGUAGAAGGCAUCCUGAUCUGGCAGAGAAAUUUGAUCGUUUUCUUCUUGAAUCAUAUAUUGAGGACAACAAAAUGGUUAAGUGGUGCCCAAGUGCUCCGCAUUGUGGAAAUGCAAUCCGGGUUGAGGAUGAUGAAUUUUGUGAGGUAGAAUGUUCAUGCGGUUUACAGUUUUGCUUCAGUUGCUUAUCAGAGGCACACUCGCCUUGUUCAUGUUUGAUGUGGGAGUUUUGGACCAAGAAAUGCCGAGAUGAAUCAGAAACAGUCAAUUGGAUCACAGUGCAUACAAAGCCUUGUCCAAAGUGUCACAAACCUGUGGAGAAGAAUGGUGGCUGCAACCUAGUGAGCUGUAUCUGUGGGCAAGCAUUUUGUUGGCUGUGUGGUGGAGCUACUGGUCGAGACCAUACUUGGUCUAGUAUAAGUGGUCACAGUUGUGGUCGCUACAAAGAAGACCGAGAGAAGAAGGCUGAGCGUGCGAAGCGGGACCUCUAUCGCUACAUGCAUUAUCAUAAUCGUUACAAAGCUCAUACUGAUUCCUUUAAGCUUGAAAGUAAACUGAAGGACACUAUAAAAGUGAAGGUGUCAAAUUCUGAAGAGAAGGAAUCUACACUCAGAGAUUUCAGCUGGGUAACAAAUGGACUAUACAGACUCUUCAGAUCAAGGCGGGUUCUUUCAUAUUCAUAUCCAUUUGCAUUUUAUAUGUUUGGGGAUGACCUGUUCAAUGAUGAGAUGACAAAGGAGGAAAGGGAAAUAAAACAGCAUUUAUUUGAAGACCAGCAGCAGCAGCUUGAGGCAAAUGUCGAGAAGCUCUCCAAGUUCAUUGAGGAGCCAUUCGACCAGUAUGAAGAGGAUAAAGUGAGAGACAUAAGGAUGCAAGUCAUCAACCUAUCAGUGAUCACGGAUACCCUCUGUAAGAAAAUGUAUGAAUGCAUUGAGAAUGAUCUAUUGGGUUCUCUCCAACAUGGCAUCCACAAUAUUGCUCCAUAUAAGUCAAAGGGCAUUGAAAGGGCAUCAGAACUUAUAACCUGUCAGAGCAAUAAAGCCAGCAAUGCUGAUAACUGUCCAUCUUCAGAAAAUGGCACAGAUGGAGGGACAGCAGAAUUUGAUCGACCUUCAGGCUCUGGGAGUUCAUAUGAGAGUGGAUAUUCUUCUAGGAAGCGGGCUAGAAAGGAGGGUCUCGGAGGCAUUGAUCUCAACUUGCCAGCAGAGGUCGUGGAUAGGAACUAAUCUUUGAAAGUUUCAGCCUUCGUUUCAAAUACAAGUGUACAGCUCUAACUUAAAGAGUGGGCCUUGGUUUCUCUCUCAUGGGAUCAGAUCAUUUGUGAUGCCAUACUUAAAACCCUUUCCCUGCCUUCCUUUUUCCUUUUCCCUUCUUGAGUUACACAUCCCUCUCCCUUGUUGAGAUCUACCCUGGAAGAGAAACUAUAAAUUCAUUUCUUUUAAAUUGCAUUUCCCCCCCUUUUUAAUUUUCCUUUUCUUCGCUAUGCUGAAAAUCAUUAUACUGUAAAUAGCCUUUUAUUGGGGCUUUUGUGGGCGAUAUAUAUGUAAAUUCCCUAUCUGAGACUUGAGCAACUCUCAAAUGCAUCUUUUAAGCCGCCAAUCUUUGGAGGAUGGAAUUAUAGGGUAGCUUUUGUGGAUUUUGCAAUUGA